AAAUUGUCUUUGGUCACCUAUUGAUGCGGCCGCGGUGUUGUAAAGUGAACGUGAAGUGUUUUUUUUUGUAAUUUACAUGUCGUAGUGAGUUGAACAAAGGAAAAACCUAUUUAAAAUAUUCAUACCAUCAUAUUAAGUACAGCGGCGGCUGAUUGCAGGGUGCAGCGAUGGAGCUGCAAGCGUUGCUGGUGCUGGGCGGCGUGGUCGUGGCGGGCGCGGCCGUGCUGCUGCUGGUGGGGCUGUUCUCCGCCAGCGGCACGAGCUACGAGGAGGCGGUGGCGCAGCAGCGCCGCGCCGCCAGCGAGCUGCUCGCGCUGGCAGAGAGCAAGAACAAGCCCAAGAAGAAUGUGAAGAAGGCUAACAAGAAGUUGGCUAAGAAAGAGAAGAAGGAGUCGACAGCCGGCAGCGACCACGAGAGCGAGGCGCCGGCGGAGAGCGGCGCGGACGAGGAGGCCCCGGCGCGGCCCCACGUCGAGUUCACCGCACCUGUCGUCGUCGACGUGCCAAGAGACAAUGUGCCCAAUGUCAAGAUACGCAAGCGCGGCAAGGAUCCUAAGGUAAAGCCGAUACUGUUAAACAAAGAGGAUCCGAGCUGCGUGAGCGAUCCCAGCGCGCCGCCCACGCCCGCCGCCUCCAACCACUUUGAGGAGAUCCAUCCCAAGGACGAUUUCGAACUGUUGCAAUCCUCGCUCGUCGGCGACAAAGCCGCCGAGAAAAAGGAAGAAGUAGUGAUUGAGAAAAAAGAAGCUAAGAAAGAGAAGGCGGUGAAGGCGAAGACCGGCGCGAGGGUCGUGGAGGCGCUGCCCAAGGCCGAGCCCGAGCGCGAGCGACGCAACAGCGGGGACCAGCCCAAGGAACAACGGAAGGCCAAGAAGCCAGAAAAGAAGUCACCGAUCGAAGAAGCCAUAGAAGUGGCUCGCGAGGAGAUCGUGCCGCCCUUGACGGUGGCGCCGCCCAGCGAGCUCACCACGGACAAGCUGCUGAAGCAGGCCCUGCCCCCCGCGCCCGCCGCCACCCCGCCGCCCAAGGCCAAGAAGAACAAGAACAAGGAGCCCAAUGUUAUGACGCUGUUGAGUGGAGACGCGGCCGUGAACGUGGAGUCGCUGGUGCGGCUCAUCAGCGAGGCGGCGCUGUCCCGCAGCGAGACGCAGCUGCUGACCGACACGCUGCUCAACAAGCAGCACGACGCGCUGCAGCACGCCGACUGGACCGAGGGCCCCAACGACCCGAUGCAGAAGCUGAAGAAGCAGCUGGCGGACAAGGAGAAGGCGCUGGCGGACGAGCAGGACGCCUCGCAGGCGCUGCACGCCAAGCUCAAGGAGCUCAGAACAUCCCUAAACGCGGAGCGUUCCCGCGCGACGGCGGCGGCGCGCGCGGCGGAGGAGGCGGCGGCCGAGCUGGCGGCCUCGCAGGCGCGGCUGCAGCGGCUGGCCGACGAGAAGCACCAGGACAAGAUGCUGUUACAAGCCAAGUUGAACGCUGAAGCGGAGGCGCAGGCGCAGCGAGUCCAAAUGGAGAUGCACAUCCAGCGAUUGUCCGAGUCCGAAACAGCCCUCGUAGCACAACUGAACGCGCUACAAGCGGAGCUGAACGCGCGAGCCCUAGAAGCAGGCCAGGCGCGCUGCGAGGCGGCGGCCGCGCGCGACGCCAUGCUGGGCGCGCAGCAGCUGGCCGCCGACACCGCGCAGCAGCUGCAGGAGGCCAACCGCGUGUGUGCGGAGCUGGACGUGGCGCGACAGAGCGCGCUGCACGGCGAGGCGGCGGCGCAGCAGGAGCUGCGGGCGCUGCAGGAGACGCUCCACGGGGUUUCUGAGUUGCAAGCUGAAGUACAACGGCUGACGACCCGCGCCCAGACUGCCGAGAGCAACGCCGAGAAACUCAAGACUGAAGCCGAAAAACUCAAGGAGGAAAACGACAAACAGAAGCAACAACUCUCCCUGGAGGUGGCAGCCCUACGCGAGGCGGCCGCGGCGCGAGAGGCAGAGAUCGCCGAGCUGAAACAAAUGAAGGCUGCGCCUGCGCAGAACGGACUGCCGCCGUCUAACCUGACUGAUCAGCACAAGGCGGCCGAGCUAGCCAAAGUGGAGGGCGUGAUCGAGUCCCUCCGCGCCGAGCUCACGGCGGCGCAGCGAGGUUGUAGCGAGCAGCGCGAGCAGGCGGCGGCGCUGCGGGCGCAGCUGCAGGCCUACCAGGAUAAGAACAAUGAGUUGAGAACUAAAAACUGGAAAGUAAUGGAGGCGUUACAAUCGGCCGAAAAAGCUCUUCAGUCGAAACCCGCUAGCGCGAUGCCGGCCCAAGACUCGCUGCGUGAUGCUCUAACAAAAGCGCAAGAAGCUCAAUACUCGGAAGUGGCGGCCAUCUUGAAGUCAGCUUGCCCGACGGUGGCGCCCUCCACGGCGCCGGGGCGCGCGUGGCUCGAUGCCUUCGCCGCCUCGCUCAAGAAGGAGCUAGAAGCCAAGAAGGUGACGUCAUCGCCCGUCUCCACGCAGAAGGACGACGCGAAGUUGGAGGAGAUGCGCGCGCAGAAUCAACACCUGCAGGGAUUAGUCGACAAGUACAAGACGAUCAUCGAUGACACGGAGGGCGUGCUGAGCCGGCUGCAGCACAACGUGACGGCGGAGGAGCGGCGCUGGGCGCAGCAGCUGGCGGAGCAGCAGCGCGAGCUGGACCACGUGCGCAGCCGCACCGUCGCGCAGGACCCCCUGGAGUUCGCAUACGCGUGCAUAGAGAAGACGCUACCGACCAUUGUGGCCGAGUUGCAGAACAAAAUCGACUCUCUGGAGGCAGAGCUGCGGAAGGCGCAGGCCGCUAACCACAACAACAGCUUCGCAGACGCAGAGAGGCUUACACAGGAGAGACUACUAGGAGGUUUAUCAGACAAACAUAAACUGAAUUCAAGCAAUGGACCUUUACAGGUGGACUUAGAAGAAAAAUAACAGUUAAAUAAGGUAGGAGGGUUUAUAGAAGUGGCGAAACGUCAUUCCAGUGUGCGGCCGCUAGCCACCCGGAGGUAGCGCGCGGCAGAGAGCAGUGCAAACUACAUUAUAUACGGGAUAGUUCACGGGCUGCCAUUGCCUGCGACCGACUUGUGUAACACAAUUCUAAAUAAACUGUACCGUUGGCAAGUUCAUACAAAUUUUGUCUUUGACAGCUUCAUAGUUGAAUCUGGACUAUUGGUGGAAUGCAAUAUGUAGUAAGUAGCAAAGAAUUGAAUUGUUGUCGAAGUAACGGUAGUGCAACCAAUAUCUAUGAACAUCCUGUGUCACGUAAGUCCGCACGUGUCAAUGCCAACGUUAAUAUUUAGCAUAUAUUUAGGUAAUACAUAUUUAUUGCACUUACACAAAUUAUUGUGUUUGUAAUACAUGAUACAGUGCAUUCUUUCGUGAGACAGGACCUUAUAGUGUUCAGUUUACUUAAACCUAAUUAUUUACAGUACCUACGUAAAUGAAUGGCAGCCUGAUGUCUAAGUGACUAUGAAUGUUAACAUCCUCGAAUUAAUUGUUAAUUAAUUACAAAGUAUACUUUAAUUGUUUACAAUAGACUUAAUUCUUAUUUCACUAUUUUAGGAAUGUGUAAGUACGCAUACGCAUUAUUUUUUUUUAUUAUCACACAAAUCCAUUUUAAGUAUGUAUACCAUCAUCGAUCUAUGAAUUAUUUUAUGAUUUUAUUGUAUAAAACAAAACUAACUAUUUCGGUAUUUUCACUAUAAAAAUAUCAUGAAAAAUGAGUUUAUUUUAAUGUUUUAUCAUAAUCAUAACUGUAUAAGCGGUACAUAGUUAAUGAAUUAAUUGACUUUGCAAGUAAAAAUGCUUAUUUUUAGAUAAUUUGUGUCCCAGCUCACUUUCGUAAGUCUUGAAUAAAUUAAUAAUAACGUUUUCGUGAAGAUAUUUUGUGACUGACAGAUUUAAAUUUGCCAUUAUUAAUAUUUUAUAUUUAGGUUCUUUAAUUUUGAAUCCGUUAAUUACGCUUGAUAUGUUGAUUGUUCCAGCGGGAUAUAUUUAUGUGUACUUAUAAUUGUAUGAGCUCCAGUGUAUUGUGAGUAGCCAGCAAUUAUAAAAUGCAAUGUGAUUUUGCAAUAGUAAACUUUUAGGUACUUAGUUGAUUGAUUUUGAUAUUUUUUUAUAAAUUUCUAUUGUUAUCAUUUAAAUUGAAGUUUAUUUAUGGACUUGGGAUUCAGAUAUUUUCAUAUGUAGCCCAACAAUUCAGACUGCAAAGAAAAGCUCCGUUUUCAGAUUCAAUCAGUUUUUUUAAUAGCAUUGGACUGCCAUGAUUACAUAUUUAUUGAAAACAUAAUGAUUAUUUUUAGAAUUAGAUAUAAUUUAAAGCAAUCGCAUGAAUAACUAACAAUUUACACAUCAGUUGUAAAUGAGCGCGAUGUUGUACGAAUGUUGCUACUUGACAAUUUUUAUUGUAUUUCCGUCUGACUCGAUUUUAAUUCAAAUUACUUAUGAAAUUCUGGAGACUAUUAUAUCCGUAUGUAAGCUUCAAUAUCGAAUUAUUUGUAAAUUAGGUAAGUAAUAUUGUAUGAUAAUUAAUGAUUAUAAUAUAUUGGAUAAAGACAUCAAAUAAAAUAUUUCAUAAUUAAAA